AUGAUUAUGCCUACGACUAGCCAAGAUAAGUGGAUGAAGAUUAAUUUACCUCCAUUACUCCCUCCAAAAUACCACAAGCAGCCUGGUAGGCCUAAGAAGACAAGAAAACAAGCUUUUGAUGAGCCCAAACAACCUGCUAAUCCAUAUAAGCUUCCUAGGUAUGGCAUCCCUCUAAAGUGUGGCAAUUGCAGUGGAGAAGGGUAUAAUCAAAUUAGUUGUAAGGAACCUAGAAAUCCCAACAUAACUACUAGGAAGAGGAAAGUUGCCAAGGAAAAACUUCUAUUAAAAAGGAGAGAUGGUGGAGACCAAAGUAUCGGACAACAAAGUAUGCAACUAAGGCAAAUGAAACAAGCAAGUGGUUCCCAAGGGCCUUCUCAAUCCCAAGCAUCUGAAGUAGCCCAAGCUUCUCAAUCCCAACCAUCUGAAGCAGCUCAUGCUUCUCAAUCCCAAACAUCUCAAGCAGCUCAUGCUUCUCAAACCUGUGAUUCAUCUCAAUCUGCCAAACUAUCUCGAGUACAACAAUGUAGGAGGAGGAUGAAAGAUCAACAGAUAAGCCAUUUUGUCAAAGAUUUUUUUUUCAUCCUUAGAUGUGAUGAUGUUCAACUUUUGCAACCUGUGUUUGAACUAGGAUAA